AGCAGCUACACCCUCCGGAGUUCCAGAGUUCGCUAGGCCGGCAGCAUCAGUCGGUCUUGCGCCCUCUGACGGCGAGGGUGGCUAGCUGUAAACGAGAGCGAGGGAGAUAGAUAGGUAGCGAGAGAGAGAGAGAGAGAGAGAAAUAGAGAGAGAUAGAGAAACGCCCGUGGAAUAAAACCGCAGUGCGUUUAGGGUAACGUCAAAAGCGGACGACGCGAUUCGCGGCUCGGCACGCGUUAAGAAAUGUUCGCCGAAACCACCAGCAGCCUGGUUCUCCACCCACACGGAGAGCCGCGAUUCCGAUCGCACUGAUCGAGCCACCGCCGAAUGCGGAUCGUCCUGCAGCCUCGCAGCCGAUAUACCGAGGAAGCGAUGAAACGGUAGAGCUGAAAUGGACAAGCCGAGUAAAGAGCUUUCCAAAUAGCCGGCGUUAUUCUCAAGCCAGGUCACUCACGCCGAAGAUCCAACGCCGUUCGAGGGGUGGCAACGAAAUCACGAUCACGUGGCGGGAACUGAAGCGGGCGUUGAGCCUGCUCUGCGUGAGGUCGUCGUCGGGCAGCACCGCGAUGCUGGAGGCCCCACCGGGCAGCCACGAGGACCUGGUCGAGGCUGCUAGGAUACCGUGCACACAGCAAUCGGAUCUCGACGCUAUGUUGUACGGCUACACAAACAGUAUUUACGUGCUGGACCAUGCGCAGGAAUCGUUGCCGGACAUGGACAUGCUGCAGCUAUUCGCCUCGCCGGCGGGAAGAGCGUUGGUGGUGAACGAAAGCCAGCCGAAAGGUUCGAUGCUGACUUCCUGCCUGUCGCGAGAAUCGUCGUCGAGGUCGAAGAACAGCUGCAGACGAGCUUCGGGAACGGGAACCGCGAGUGCCCCGGCAUCGCCUCCUCGACACCGGAAGUCCAGCGCCGAACUUUACAAGGAAGCGGCGGAGAUACUCGGACUCACGUGCUCGAUGACUGACAGCUGUCGAUGCAUCGACUGCCAGAGCAACUACUUUGACUGCGAGGAGGAUUACGGCGACACGAGAACGGAAGUCGCCGCAGGCACGCCGAUUCUUCACGCUCUUUCGCAUCCGCUUACUUGUACCAUUCAGUAGCCUCUAUAUGUACAUAUUUAUAUUACAUUACGUAGUAAAUUUAUUAUUGCAAUUUACCCACAUUACGAUGUACCGUUUAUCCCGAUUAUCUUCACGGCGAAAGCUGCAGCUUUACAGAAGUAUUAACGAGAAACUGAAUCGAGCCGUUUGUGAAAUGGGAAAAAAAUAAAUUAACAUUCCAUUGGCCUAAGGAGAUUAUUCACGGAAAUUUGUGCGAUUAGUUACCGAUUUUCUUUCUUUCUUUUUGUUUUCGAAAUUAAAACCAACAAAAAAAUUCACCAUCUUCCAUAGGACACGUUUUUUAUCAGUAAUUCCUCUUACUUUUAUUCGGCAAUUCGUUAGACUAGAUAUCUAAUCCUUACUGGUUUCAACGACGUAAAUUGUUUACGAUUACGAGUGAAAAGGAGAAAUGAAAUACUCAGCUUUUACGGUGAACCUGAUCGAAUGGAAUCUUUCACAGUUUAUAUACCUACUUAUACAUACACGUACGUAUUAAUCUAUAACCGCAACAGACUUGAGGCGAAUGAAUAAUUAAUUAAUCAAAUUAUAACUACGUUACGUAUUUCCAGUCAAUGUUAAUGUUGAUAUUACGAGAAAAAUUGCCGGAGGUGUAUGACUAGGGUAAAACAAACGUGCGCAUAAACUGUAGGUAAACGAAACCUGCGUUAUUGUGUACUAGAUAGAUUAAACUUGUACGGUAAAAAGAGGAAACAAAAGAAAAAAAAAAAAAGUACGUUUUACAUUUCGAAAAGAAUAAUAAUAUUAGUAAUAAUGAGAAAGCAAGAGAAAAAAAGAAGGGAAGAAAAACAGCCGAGGUCUGUUUCGUAUUAUUAUGUUAGAGAUUAAAGAAUUAUAACGAUAAUGUUAACGAUAAACGUAACGUGAAAAACGCUUGGCUCAAAUCGGACGAAUUUACCCCAAUCACAGAUAUGCCAAAUUACGCCAAAAUUCUUUCUUUUAUUUUCAUUUCACUAAUAUUACAUACAAUAAAAUAGUAUUAUAUAAUAUACACAUAUAUAUACGUACAUACCUACGAUAUUAUAGACAUACUUACAAUGUACUGUAUACUUGUGUAUAAUAGUUCUAAUGUUGAUAAGCAGAAGUGGAAUAAGGAAGAGAAAAACGAUGCCGUAUAUAAUAUAAUAUAUAUAUACAUAUGUAUGUAUGUUAUACAUAUAUGAAUUUGCAAGUGAAUAUAACGUAAUGAUAUACAUGAUAUUGAAUGUAUGUUUUACUAUAACAAUAAUAAUAAUAAUAAUAAUAUUAAUAAUAAUAACGACGAUGAUAAUGAUAACAAUAAUAGAAAUUAUUUUAUCCACAUAAGCCUGGAUAAUUGCAAAUACUUGUGUGUGAAAAAAAUUCUGUUCUUUCGAUAAACAUGCGAUUAAAAAUGUUCGGUUAUUUACCAAAACUUGAUGCGUUUAAAAAUAUGAUAAUAAUUUCGAAUAAGGAGAAUUGAAUAUUUCAUAAAAUUAUAAAACUCGACGAUUUUUCCAACGCACUUUACAAAGUUACUGAAAAUUCUUGAGAUGUUUAAGAAAUUCAUUUUCGCUUCUUGAUCAGGUCUGUAAAGUCAGCAGCGAUUCUUUGAAAAUCGAUAAGGACUUAAAAAUCAGCAUGCGAAUAGACGAGUAAUAUAAAAAUAAUGUUAUAAUUGAGCAGAGAAUAUUGAAAAAGAAAUAACAACUCGUGAACGGCAAUAUUCGCACGGUGUUAUUAUGCAAUGUAUAAAAUACAUUUUUCGUUUUGUUAAAAAUUGAAAAAAAGAAAUUCAUAAGUAUUUCUCAGGCCUCGUUUUUAUGUGUACAAUACAUCAAAGUGUUUUCCGUAAACUUGGAGAUGACUUUGCACACGAAAAUUGCAAGGUCCGUUAAUAAAUAUUCCAAUAUUAGGUGACAAUUAAUUACCACUGCCAAAACAAACUCAAUAUUAAUCGGUACUUGAAAUUUCCAACAUUUCUCUCUCUCCCUUUUGCCUUCCAGAUUUCUCUUCUCAACGUUGAACGCGUUGAAUGUAGAUUCAAUAUUUCAAUUUGCAAAGAAGUAAUAAUACUUGGUACGAUCUUAUAUUCUUAUAUCUUAAUGAUUAUGCAGAUCUCGCGAUUCCGUGAAAUGAGACUAAUUGAACACACAGUCGAAUUGAGAAAUUGAUCAAGUAAAGGGAGCAAGAAUAAUAGGCGAAAAAUUAUUCAGAAAAAUAAGAAUUUUAAAAGAAUAAUUAAACAAAUUGUAUACUACGUAUCUACAUAAGUGGAACAUUGUAUCACCUCGACGGUUAGUUAAAAUUAACUUCAUCGGAUACCAUGGACAAAUGAUGCGUCGAAAAAAAAAACAAGAAUGGUCUUUGAAGAAACGCAAAGAAAA